ACUGUCGUACCAUGGUUGGCUGUGCAGCAUUUGGAUGCACCAAUCGGUCAGAGAAAGGAAUGCAGAUGUAUGGCUUUCCAAAGGAAAGAGACAGAAGAAAAAAAUGGUUAGCAAUGGUCAGCAGAAGCAACAUGACAAUCACACAAAACUACAAUAACAGAAAACUAUGUCAAGCACAUUUUGAGGAGGAUCAAUUCAUUUCCACAAAAAAAGGCCAAAUGAAGUUGAGGGCUGAUGCCAUUCCCACCGUAUUUGUACAUCGCUCUAGGCCUAAGAGGAGGAAGGCCCCUUCACUGAGACUUCCAGAAGAACUGCUAACAGUUACUGCAGUGACCAGUGACCACAACUACUAUGCUACAAAUACAUGUGAAAUUGAGGGAGAAUUUGAGGAAAGAGAGGGUGCAGAUUGUGGCAAAUGUGAGGUGAAUGAGAUGGAUAUUCCAGUACAUCAAAUGCAUCCAGUGAGUGAGCAUCUAGGCAGUCAGCAUCCAGUGAGUGAGCAUCUAGGCAGUCAGCAUCCAGUGAGUGAGCAUCCAGUGAGUGAGCAUCUAGGCAGUCAGCAUCCAGUGAGUGAGCAUCUAGGCAGUCAGCAUCCAGUGAGUGAGCAUCCAGUGAGUGAGCAUCUAGGCAGUCAGCAUCCAGUGAGUGAGCAUCUAGGCAGUGAGCAUCCAGGCAGUGAGCAUCCAGGCAGUGAACCAGGAGCCAAUCAGCCAGAAUUCAGUCAGCAAGAUCUGAAAGAGGAACUGAAAACUGAAAGAGCAAUGAGAAGAAGAGCAGAGAGCGCACUGAAACAGCAGAAAAAAAUAAAUGCAGCACUGAGGCAGAAAAACAUUAUGAUUCAGAAGAAAUGA